AUGGACCAGAAUUCACGGAUCGAGGUUCUGCUCUUCGGACUGGGGGCAAUCGGCUCCUUCUACGCCUUCAUCCUCCAGCGCUGCCCUCAAGUCCGAUUGACGGUGGUGGCUCGGUCCAACUACGACGCUGUCAAGUCGGAGGGCGUCCUGAUUGAUAGUGCGAAUCAUGGCCAACAUCGCUUCCAUCCACACCAAGUGGUCCGAUUGCCUCGCGAAGCAGGAAAAACCUUUGACUACGUGAUCUGCGCAAACAAAGCCAUCGACACAGAGGACGUAGUGGCCAAAUUGGCCCCUGCUAUCAGCGAGAGCACAACGAUAGUCAUCAUCCAGAACGGCGUGGGGAACGAAGAGCCCUUCCGCAAGGCGUUCCCGGCGUGCUCGAUCAUCAGCUGCGUCGCCUGGGUCGGCGCAAGCCAGCCCAGCCCCGGACACGUCCACCACACCGUCUCAGAGCACACCGAGCUGGGCCUCUUCCCGAACCCUGCAUUGGACGUGGAUCUGGAGAAUCAGCGCGUAGAGACGUUCGCAUUGCUACUCCGUCAAGGGGGAACCAACUUCCAGGUAGUGGAUGACAUCCAGCGUCGCAAGUGGGAGAAAGUCGUGUGGAACUGCGCGUGGAACGCCACUACGGCGUUGACCUGCAUGGACACGCACGCGUGGUUGGCGUCGUCUGCUGACGCCGAGCCCUGGACGCGCCGACUGAUGCACGAGGUGCUCGCCGUGGGACAAGCGUGCGGUGUACCGCUCGAGCACGGCCUGGUGGACCGGCUCAUCGAAAAGAUCAAUUCCCUGCCGCCGGUGACGACGAGCAUGCAGAUGGAUCGUGCUAGUCAGCGUGCGAUGGAGAUUGAGGUUAUCCUUGGGUAUCCGAUGCGCAAGGGCCGGGAGUUGGGUGUGCAGACGCCGUUGUUAGAGACGCUUUAUGUUUUACUGCGGGCGAUUGAUGGGGGAGUCCGCCAGCAGGCCAGGAGUUGA